GUACACUGCUACUAGGCGUAUGUGCGCGAGCUGCUUAGGUUAUUACGGAAUUGCCUUGUGUGCGCAGUGCCAGACCUCCAGAAGCCAUGUAUGACUUCUGUGGAAUGCACCAGCCGAUUGAGGACUACUCAGACUUGAUGCCGGAGCUGUUUGGGCACGGGAAGGGAAUGCCCGUCAGCAUGGACUGGGGGCAACCCGCGUACCACCAGCAGGCCUCACAGCCUGUGCAGCAGCUCUCACAGCAGACCUCGCUGCCGCUGGCGACAUCUCCCAAGGACGAGCCCUGCUCCAUGGGGUUCGCCGUGGGCGCUUCGCGAAGGCGCAAGGCUGCACCAAAGAGCUUGCGCCCGCAGCAAAUAGCUAUAAUUGAGCUGCAGAAGCAAUUGGAUGUCCUGAUAAAGGAGCACGACGUGGUGGCGACGGAGAACAGCAGGCUCAAGGCCCGACUAAGGGUCAUCGAGGCCGUGCUGCCGGUUCGCGAGUGCAAGGCGCGGCUCGCGCAGGCCGCUGGGCUGGGCUCCCGGACCGCGCCAGAGCCCGAGUCGCCCGCGCUGGCAGGCCUCCUCGACCUCCCCGCGCCCAGCCCCUCCUCCUCCUUCACCACCAGCACCUGCCCGUCCGGCGCCGACGCCGAUGACACCGCCAGCGCCCAGGACCCCAUCAGCAGCAGCAGUAUGGGCUUUGACAGCCUGGGCCGCUCCUACUCCGGCGCCACCUCUCUCGCCGCCCCGUCGUCAGGCGCCACCGCCCGUACCUGCACCACCAGCGGCACCGCCGCCCCCGACUCGGCCCGGCGCCAGCACCACAAAGCGCAGCAGCAGCAACAGCAGCAGCAGCAGCAGCAGGUCGAGGACGAGGCGCGGUGGCAGCAGGCGUGGCAGACCUGGGUCCGCGAGGCAGCGUUGCUGGUGAACGCCCACGAUGCGCGGCCCAACGAGCUGUACGUGAAGCGCGUGGAGGAGGCGUUUGCACGGCUUAAGGCCGCGGCGGUGUACGGCUGUGCUAAGCACCCGGAGCUCAUCUGCAACAUGCGCCAAGUGAACAUGGAGACGGGCGUGGAGGAGGUGCCGCCCGACUCGUUCUGGACGCUGGUGGCGAGCGGCAUGCGCCUGACGCCGGCGCAGGUGGCGGACUGCCGCACCGCGCUGACGCUGUACCGCGAGCGCAUGGAGGUGGUGAUGGCGGAGCGGCGCAGCCUGGCCGACCAGCUGGCGUCGUGCAUGGGCGCCCUGCACCUGGCGGAGGCGGAGGGACGCGCAGCGCCGGGCAGCAUGCAGCGGGAGCGGCUGACGCUGGAGGCGGAGGAGGUGGCGGCGGCGCUCGACACGAACGUCGCCGCCGAGGGCCACACCACCAUGCUCGCACGCGACCUGCUCAACAGCACGCUCCUAACCAAGAUGCAGUGUGCCCGCAUCAGCGUGCUGUCCUACCCCUACUUCCCAGAUGCGCUGGCGCUGCUGACUGCGGCGGUGGACAUCUCGGAGCGGCCCUCCAAGAGCGGCGGCAGCGGCGGCGCAGCAGCAGCUGGCGAGGCCGCCGCCAACAGCUGAGUGCCGCUCACGGGAAGCCGCGCUGGCGUCCAGCGGCCCCUGCACAGCUGAUAGGGAUAUGUUCUUCAUGCGUGACUCCUUGCUUGACAUGGUGCAGCAUGUGCGCUCUAAUUUUGGUGUUGAUUUCGGUUGCCGUUUUAAUCCAUGCAUGUUUGGUUUCCGGAAGCCGCCACCCAUCCUCACGUUUGGGAGAGCUUAUCCCGCGCCGCGCUUAUUGUUUGUUUUGAGUGUUGGAUUGUUUAAACGCGCGGAAUGUGAAGGCGAAUGCCAACGCAGCAUAAACGGGUGGGUGGCGGCCGGAAGUGGGUGACUGCAUGAAGGUUGGUGCGAAUACUAUUUCGAUUUGCAUCUUGUGGUCGACCUUGCUGUGAGGCCCGCACACUACGGUCCCUGGGAGCCGUGUGCAUCAACCAAGUUUUGCCAAACAUAAUGAAGCUGACCAUGAUCUAACGGCGGGCGGUGUGGGUGUCUUGCUGGGUCCGCAUACGGUACCUGUGGGCGGGCCCGCAAGCCUCAAUAAAGUUUUGAUGUCCUUUUUCCAUGGCCUAACUCCAGUUUUAGAACGCUAUGAGCUUAUCUCUCUUACAUAUAGAGCACUGUCACUGCACAAGAUACGAGGAAGCACUGAAGAUCUCGGGGGAAGCCGUCCAUGAAAGACGGGGGAAAGGAAAAGGGAUGGCCUAGAAGUGGUGUGAUGCGGUUGGCCUGGGACAGCAUGGGACUGGGACGGUCUUCAUGGCGUGUGCACGUUUCUUACUAAACGCUAAUUUGGUGCGCUCACGUGCAUCCCUUACAAAGACGUUGCUGGGGGCUCGUGAGAGAAGGUGCCACAGCUUGUUCCGAAUGCAUGCGAUGCCAGUUCGUAUGGCAGCGUUAAUCUGUGCGUGCCAUGGAAAUAUGGCGUGCCUUUCCAGCCCCAGCUCCAUUUGGUGUGGAGCUGAGGCUUUGAAGGAAGUGGUGCGCUGUUGCUGCAGAGUGAUGCAGCAGUAGUCUGGAGCAAGGGCCGGUGAGGCGGCUCACGACACAAGCGUGAUGAGCAGAGUCGGAAGCUAUCAUCGGAAGAAAGAAAGGCGACAUGGCACGUUGGGUGCCAAUUCGGUGUGAACUACUAUGGUCGGAAAUGCAUCAACUCUAUGAUGUGUGUACAACUAGGCUGGCGCUGGAUUACAGAAGGCAACGUCAAGAAGGUGAGGGCUGCCGCCUGUGCCCGGCGCAGCCGAUGGCCAGGACGAUGUCGAGGUGCCUCUGUAUCGUAAGACAGAACCGCAGUUGGCGACGCGGGCCACCCACACCAUGGCUGGCACGUGUGCUCGAGUACCGUGCGGUACGCGUAUGGUAGGCAGGUGGUAGGCGUAUAUUAAGGCGGGUGUGCACAACAAGAUGCGUUCGAGCGCCCCAACCCCCAAUCCCUUGGGGCUACUAGGUGACGCGGUGUGAUGCAGCGGGUGCGGGCUCUGACAAAUGACACGAGGGCAAGCCCUCGAGGUAAGGCAGGUCGUAAGUUGGCAAGUACUGCGGGGCUGCAACCCCACGCUAAUACGCUUGCCGGUGGAGCAAGGCCGCAACGCUGGGGCGCAGAGCGCCAGCAGCCCAGCACCUGCAGCACUGACAGCAAUACCUGAGAUAUGAAGGACAGGUGGACACCUCACACCUGGACUGAUCGGACGUCCAAACGAAGGAAACGGUGCGGGGCCAAAAGGAUGAACAUCAGCUUUAGGCCCGACCACUCCAGGGGCACCUGUGAACCACCCGUACUGUGCAUGGGUUUCGGCGGUGUGUCGGCGGCCGCUGUAGCGGCAAGCUGCAUCGCCGAGCUUGAGCCUCGCCAAGCAGCCCAGUAUGCGAAAGCAGUCGUCUGCCAUCUCAUGACAGGGCGCGCCGGCGAGGCUCGCGAUCGGGAGGGGUGCUGGCGAUGGGGCCCUGGGGAUCGGGAAAUGCCACACCACGGGCGUAGAAACACACGCUGGUCUGACGCCGCAACACCGCGGCAAGCCCCUUGACUUUUCUAUAAGUACGUAUGAUUUUUAUGCAACCCAACGACAAGCGGCGCGGACGCUGCUAGGUUUACGGCAUCGUGUGUGUCACCGACGGCAGAUUUGCGCGAAGUGUUACGCACUGCCCAAUCGCAGGUC